CAUCAUAGGGUGAAUUCUCUGCGAAUCCAAUGUUUGCAUAUGGUUGUGUUCAUUAGCAUCUUCCUGAAUAUAUGAUACCCAGAACUUCAAUUUCUUUUCUUUUGCAGGAAUGAGAGCCGAUUGUGAAAAUCAGAGAUAAAAGAAGAAAGCUUUUUGUUAAUUUAGAAAUGGAUGAUUAUAGGGAUAGGAUCAGUCGGUUGCCGGAUGAUUUCCUCAUACAGAUAUUGUCAUGGCUACCAACAAAAGAUGUCUUGGGGACGAGUCUUUUGUCAAAACGAUGGCGGUUUCUUUGGACAUUGGUCCCUAGGCUCAGCUAUGAUCUCAGGCUUCACGAUAAUUCAUGCCCAAAGUUCACAAAGUUCGUCGACAGGUCUUUGUUACUACACAAGGCUCCAACUUUGGAGAGUUUGCAUAUCAAGAUUGGUUCGAUGUGUCAAAACGCAGAUGUAGAUACAGGGUUAUGGGUUAGAAUCGCCGUAGACCGAUGCGUGCGUGAGCUAAGUAUCAGUUAUUGUUCCGGUGAAGAGCCUAUAAGAUUGCCUAAGUGCUUGUUUACUUGCAGAACGCUUGUGGUCCUGAAACUCGAGAACACAAGCCUUGUUGAUGCCUCUUCUUAUGGUUGCUUUCCAUCUCUCAAGACUUUGCACCUUUUAGACGUUAAGUACUUAGAUGACCAAUCACUUCCUCAGAUUUUGUCCAGCUGCUCUAGUCUCGAAGAUUUGGUUGUGAAGAGAUGCCCUGGUGACAAUGUUAAAGUCGUCUCUUUUACUGCGUUGUCCUUGAGAACUCUCUCUUUGCAGAAAUCUUCACAAGCUUUUGAAGGAGACGAUGAUGGGUUCUUGAUAGUUGCUCCUAAACUGAAGCGUCUAGACAUUGAAGACUAUUGGGGUGGCUUUUGUUACAUUGAUAACAUGCCUGAUGUGGUAGAGGCAAAUGUCGAUGUUAUUUAUAAAAACACUGAGAAACUUUUGGGUUCUCUCACCAUGGUCAAGCGUCUAACACUAUGUUUGAUCACUUCAGAUGCUGCUUAUCUUUCUGGUACUAUCUUCUCUCAGCUUGUUCAUCUAGAGCUAUGCACAUGUGCGCCACAGUGGUGGGAUCUACUCACCCGACUGAUUGAAGAUUCACCUAAACUACGAGUUCUUAAACUACGACAGAAACAUAUUCGACGUGCCACUAGUCCAAGGGCUAGUUGGAAGCAACCUGUUUCUCUUCCCAAGGGUUUGAUUCAUCUUGAGACCUUAAAGUGGAAAUUAUACGAAGGGUCACAAAAGCAGAAGGAAGUGGCGAGAUUCAUCUUAAAACAUGCUAUUCGAUUGAAGACAGCGAUUAUCUCUCCCAAGCCCUCUAGUACUCUGCCAGAGAAACAUGAGAUGCUCAAGGAGUUGUCAUCUGCGGCGCGUGGUUCCAGUACAUGCGAGCUCUUGUUCGACUGAAUUUGAUUAAUGCUUGGUUUAUAUUAAGUCUCGCAAAACUUUAUAAUGUUCAAUUCAGUUGCGUUUUUAAGUUGCAUGUGCUCUGUUUAACUUUCA